UCAAUAGCACGUGAUGUCUAUGCGAAGGAACAUGGAGGUUUACGUAGCUGGACAUUUGCUCGUAUUAUCCAUCGUUUUAAGCUUCGUUAUUGUGGUUUCUGAAGCUGCCUAUCCUAAGUACUUGCUUGGGAGGCCUCGGGGAGGAAUGCUGCCUCCUCCAGUUACUAAUAAGUACCAUGUUUUACCCCCAGACCAAUGGAUUGAGCAGAAACUGGAUCACUUUGAUCCCACCAAUACCAAAACAUGGAAGCAGAGGUAUUUUGUCAAUGACACAUUCUUUAAGGAAGGAGGUCCUGUGUUUUUGAUGAUCGGUGGUGAAGGAACGGCUGACCCUAUAUGGAUGGUUACUGGUACAUGGAUAGAGUUUGCCAAAACCUACAAUGCCUUAUGUGUUAUGCUGGAGCACCGAUUCUAUGGUAAAAGCCAUCCUACCAGUGAUCUAAGUGUAGAAAACCUGAAAUUUCUAAGCAGUGAGCAAGGCUUGGCAGACCUGGCUUAUUUUAGACAGUAUAUAGCAUCGAAGAUGAAAGUGACAGACAAUAAAUGGGUGUCGUUCGGAGGAUCAUAUCCAGGUAGUUUAUCUGUCUGGUUCCGUCUAAAAUAUCCUCAUCUGGUAGAUGGCGCUGUUGCAACAAGUGCUCCUGUUGAAGCGACUCUAGAUUUUACGGGGUACCUAGAUGUUGUACGGGACUCCUUAGCAACAAGCAAGUAUGGGUCAAAAUGCAAUGAUAAUAUUCAGAGUGCCACAAAUAUGAUAGAAUCAUUAUUAGACCAUCCACUGGGUUGGAGAACACUUACAGAUACAUUUAAAUUGUGUAACCCACUAAAUGGAACCAAUAAGAAUGAUAUUGCAAAUAUGUUUGAGAGCCUAGUCGGUAACUUUAUGAAUGUUGUUCAGUAUAACAAAGAUAACAGGAAGUUUGAGGGUGCUGUUGGUACAGAAAUCACCAUUGAUACAAUCUGUGACAUCAUGUGCAAUGAAUCGGGUGGGGACGUGCUUGAGCGCUAUGCACAGUUCAACAAACUUAUAAUGUCCACUUACAAGGAGAAAUGCCUGGACAUCAGUUACGAUAGCAUGUUAGCAGAGUACCGCAAAGUAUCAUGGGAUAGCGCAGCUGCAGAAGGAGGCCGCCAGUGGGUUUACCAAACUUGCUCAGAGUUCGCAUUUUUCCAAACAACAGACUCUAAGGACCAACCGUUUGGGCAGUACAUUCCGUUAAGUUUUUUCAUCCAACUCUGCCAGGACGUGUAUGGAGAGAGGUUCAACAAGUCCACCAUUGAGCAGAAUAUAAAGAGAACAAAUACCAACUAUGGGGGAUAUGGGGUGGAUGUGUCGAAGGUCGUGUUUCCAAAUGGUUCCAUUGAUCCAUGGCAUGCUUUAGGAAUCACCAAAGACAUUGGAGACGAUGCCACAGCUAUUUUUAUAAAUGGUACUGCGCACUGUGCGAACAUGUACCCAGCGACCUCAGAUGACCCGCCUCAGCUGGUUCAAGCAAGGAAGGCCAUCCAGGCCAGUGUACAGCAAUGGAUUCAAUAAUAUGUCUUAAAGUGCAUGGUUACAUUUUGCCAAAAAAAUGUGAUAAUUUAAGCGAAUAUGUACUAUCAUACUAUGGAUUAAGAGAUCACAUUUAAAAUCCUGCAAUGUCAGAUCUGUAUUAUUAAUAAUAAAAUUUGGAAUAUGAAUAAUAUAGCUAUACUGCCAAUACUUAAAAUCAAAUUCAGUACAGUAUUUAGCAAUAGUGCCGAUACUUAAAAUCAAAUUCAAUACAGUAUUUAGCAAGUGCCAAUACUUAAAAUCAAAUUCAGUACAGUAUUUAGCAAGUGCCAAUACUUAAAAUCAAAUUCAGUACAGUAUUUAGCAUUUUCUUGUUUUUCGACCCUCCAAAGUUACAGCAUAAAUGCAUGUAAACUUGUGUGUGGGAGAUGUUUAUAUUUCUUGCCCUGUUCUGAUUUGUGGCUAAGUUUGAUUGACACUCAGGAAAUAGCAAAUGCUUAGCAUUUAAUAGUACUCAACUGCAUUAUACAAUGUUUUCGUGGCUACCAGUCUUGCUCGGUGGUUGAAUAAUUUGAUUUUUCAGUCACCAAAAAAAAAAACAAAAAAAAAAACUUAUGGGCAAUAUGUCAUAUUAGACUUUUCCAGAUUUUAAGAUUUUCGGACCAGUUAUUAAAAAGAGCUUAAAUAUAAAAUUUUAUAGUUGUUUUCAUACAAAAUAUUUAUUUUAAUUUUCUGCCAAUUUUGCAAUACUAUACAAAUAAUUUUUCAUAAGGAAUACUGGAAGAAAAAUAUUGUCUUCCUUCUAUUGAUAUAUAUAUACUGUAUUUAUAUUUUGUAAGAGUCUAUUCAACAUCAUUGUCCGCUAUGCUAUUCAUUGUUGUUGAUUUUUUAGAAUGAGAUGAGUGUAUUUCCAGUCAUCUAUGAAGCAAAUUUUUUUCAAGUCACCAGGUCCCUUUCUUUUACUUGCCCUCACUUUCCUCUGUUUUAGUGUUGCCCCCUGCCAUUUUUUGAAAAACCUGGAUCUUCCCCUGCAAAUGAAUGUACAAAUCCGUUUUUAUCUUAUUCCCACGGAUGUGGGAUUAGAUCCCUUCUUCUGUUACUGAUUUAUUUCUUUUUGGUGAUUGUGCUUUUUUCUCUGCUUUGUCUGUUUUUUAUUUUAAUUAACCCUGUUUGUUUUCCGUUCUAGUACUAGUUGGAGAGUCUUUACAUAGUGAAUUUGUUUGCUUUUUGACAAUCCGCCAGAAUAGUGCUAGGUUUGUGUUAUUUGUUACAAUCUGGAAAAUAAAUAAAUGAAAUGAAGUGAAAUGAUACUGUAGCUAGGAGUGGACCUAAACCCACAUUCCAAUCCCGAUUUCUUGAUUUUAAGUUCUCUUACCAAGAAAACAAUAAACUCAGUAAGCUUCAUUGGGCUUAUAGUUAGUGUAUUUAUGUUUUGAAAAUAAUGGCUAUUUUUUUAAGAUGAUUUUUAUGAUGUAAUCACAUUUGGCAAUGUAUGUACCUAAAUCAAUAAAAUCAGCUAAGCUUUAUUA